GCACAAGGGACCCAAUCACACCGCCAUCCAUCGGCCGCGGAGAGACGGACAAGAACACGAUUAACCAUCUUUUCUAACAUCUUACCAUCAGUAGCGCAAGCCCUAAGAGGCGGCAAACAACAUCAGAAACAAUGACUACGGCUGAAGAGGUUAAGGUUGAAGAAGAAGAACCUGUAAAAAAGGUCAUUGCUACCAAAGUUUCGGGCACAGUGAAGUGGUUCAAUGUAAAGAAUGGCUAUGGCUUCAUCAACAGAGAUGACAACAAGGAAGAUAUCUUUGUUCACCAGACUGCCAUUUCUAAGAACAACCCCAAGAAGUACCUUAGAAGUGUUGGAGACGGAGAAGUAGUUGAGUUUGAUGUAGUCUCUGGCUCUAAGGGCUUGGAAGCCGCAAAUGUAACUGGCCCUGAAGGAAUUCCAGUACAGGGUAGCAAGUAUGCACCUGAUCGCCGUAGGAAUAGAUACAACUACUACUACUACCGCCGACCAAGGAACCGCCCUCGUCGAAGACCGGAUAGCGCUACAAAUGGAGAGGCCAAAGAUGAUCAAGAUCAAGAGGGCAAGGGAACGGACUCUGGGGAUGGUGGUGAAAAACCUCACCCAAGGAGAAGGAGACGUCCAUUCUGGAGAAAGUACCGGGGUCCAAGAAGAGAUGAACAUUCUGGUGCUGAAAGCACCGGGGAAGGUCAACAACAAGAUCAUGAUGGCUCACCCAACAAUGAUCAAGAGCAAAGACCUCCCCGUAGACGCCGCCCUAGGUAUAGACCAAGACGUCCUCGUAGUGACAACGAAGAAAGAAGUGACGAUCAAAGAGAGAAAAAGGAGGGUGAUGAAGAGGGCCAUGAAGAAGGGAGUAGACCAACUCGUAGACGAUUCAGACGCUACAGAAGAAGGCGUCCCCCACAGAGUGGUGAAAAUGAACAAAAGCCACCAAGUCAAGAAAAGGGAGAGCAAGCUCCAUCUUCAGAUGCUGCACCUGAAAAUUAAAGACCUAAAAGCAUUGGUUAGACAGUUUUCCAGCUAGAAAAAGGAUUAUCCAUAAUUUACUCCAACUAGAUUAAACCAUGAUUAUUACAUUCCAUAAUAUUUCUUAUUUUUCCUUUACCAAUAUAUACCUUAACAGUUUUCUUUACAAUUUUGUUAAUUUAAGUUCUGGGGUUGUUCUAGCUUCUAUGAAUUUUUCAAACCCUUUGUUGCUGUUCAAUUCCCAGCUUUGUUAACAGUUUAGUUAGCUUUUCUAAUCAUGGUUUUGGUCUAAUGUUUGAGAUUGUUUUUUUGUCAUCUUUGUCUACAUGUUUCCAUCUUGUAAAGUAUGUAUGUGGAAGAAAGUCAGGGCAAUACAUCUUGUCUAUAUGGCUUUAAUAAAACAACACGCUUGCCAUUUGAUAA